GUCCCGGUGCUCUUCUGCUUCUCCGUGUUCGCGCGGCCCUCGUCGGUGCCGCACGGCGCGGGCUACGAGCUGCUCAUCCAGAAGUUCCUCAACCUGUACGGCGACCAGAUCGACAUGCACCGCAAAUUCGUGGUGCAGCUCUUCGCCGAGGAGUGGGGCCAGUACGUGGACCUGCCCAAGGGCUUCUCGGUGAGCGAGCGCUGCAAAGUGCGCCUCGUGCCGCUGCAGAUCCAGCUCACUACCCUGGGAAAUCUUACACCCUCAAGCACUGUGUUUUUCUGCUGUGAUAUGCAGGAAAGAUUCAGGCCAGCCAUCAAGUAUUUUGGGGAUAUUAUUAGUGUGGGACAGAGACUGUUGCAAGGGGCCCGUAUUUUAGGAAUUCCAGUUAUUGUAACAGAACAGUACCCUAAAGGUCUUGGAAGCACUGUUCAAGAAAUCGACCUAACAGGUGUGAAACUGGUACUUCCAAAGACCAAAUUUUCAAUGGUGUUACCAGAGGUAGAAGCAGCAUUAGCAGAGAUUCCUGGAGUCAGAAGUGUUGUAUUAUUUGGAGUAGAGACUCACGUGUGCAUCCAGCAAACAGCCCUGGAGCUGGUUGGCCGUGGUAUCGAGGUUCAUAUAGUUGCUGACGCCACUUCAUCAAGAAGCAUGAUGGACAGGAUGUUUGCCCUUGAGCGUCUUGCCCGAACUGGGAUCAUAGUGACCACGAGUGAGGCUGUUCUGCUCCAGCUGGUGGCUGAUAAAGACCAUCCAAAGUUCAAGGAAAUUCAGAAUCUAAUAAAGGCAAGUGCUCCAGAGUCAGGUCUGCUCUCCAAAGUAUAGGACAUUCGGAGGACUGGAUGCCACUCACCGUCAAGUGACAGGACUGUAAGACCAGACAAGCUCUCGUCUCUAGUAGAAUUAAAGUGUUAAGUCAAAUCAGCUCCUUUUAGCGCCUCGUAGUAGAACUUAACUGGCUAGACCAUCUGGGUACCAGCAUUUAGUCAUAAUACAAAUGUCAAAGGCUUCAGGUGCUGCUUACCUUAUUUUUUUUUUUUUUUGUUAAUGUGCUUUUAUUUAUUUUUAAAAAAUUACAAUGGAGGUGCCUGUUUUGUCUAUACUGUAUACACUGAUCAUGACUUCCAAAGUGCACACUUGUGAAGUGUUCUUAAAUUGUGCACAUGAAAGAAAAAAUGUGCUCAUACUGAAUUUGACUUUUAUAUUAUAAGAUGUAUGUUCCAAUGUUGAGGUGGAUUCAAUGCUUUUACUUUAUAAGUUGACUGAAAUAAGAUUAUUAUAUGUGAAUUAAACACAGUACUCUGGGUCACGUUUCCCAUCUCCCUCACAAUGUUGUCGUUGUAUUGAACUAGUUGUGUUGAUCUAACUGGUCAAGUUAAGUUGAAUAAUUACAUAUCUUUCUUGGUCAUACUGGUAUUCUUACUCUGGUCACUAUCAUUAAUCUUCUGUUAAUGUUCUCUGUUGUAGCUGAAAUUUCACUUAAAAGACUCAUUAGGUUAUUAGUUAUUUUAAUUUUGUAAGUGCAGUGGUUUAUAACUGCAUAUGAUUGGUGGAGGGCCUCUUUACCAUCUUUGAAGUGUGACUUGAGCUUUACUGCAUCUUGAAUGUGUCUUCCAGUACAC